GGACUUCCGUUGACUUCCUUGCGGAUGGGACUUUACAGCGAGCAGUCAGAAAGGGCUUGGUCCGGGUCUGGUCGGUGUUGUCACCGGUGUGUGAGUCAGUGCGGCCCCCCUGGACAGCAAACAAACCCAGCGAGAGAGACGCUGUGUAGCCCGAAAGCCACGUAGAUGAACGUCGUCCUCGGCUAUGCUGUCCUGAGAGCGCCGCCGGUACCCGCCCUGCCAUCAUGUCUGAUGUCAACAAGACUCUACAGAAAUGGCACGCCAGUUUCAGAAAAGGCACAGACUUUGACUCUUGGGGACAAUUAGUGGAGGCUAUAGACGAGUACCAAAUUCUUGCCCGGCAACUGCAAAAAGAAGUUCAGUCAACAAACUCCUCAGACUUCACCGAAGACCAAAAGAAAACCUUAGGGAAGAUUGCAACAUGCCUGGAGAUGAGAAGUGCCAGUUUGCAGUGCACGCAAGCAACAGAAGAGUUCAAGUUGGAAGACCUGAAGAAAUUGGAGAGCAUUAUCAAAAACUUGCUGACGUUCAACAAAGAAUUUCCCUUCGACGUCCAACCAGUGCCCUUAAGAAGAAUCCUCGCUCCCGGUGAAGAGGAGAACCUGGAGCUGGAGGAGGAAGAUGCUGCAGCUGUCGCGGGUUCCACGGAAGCUUUUCCUCCAAGAGCUCCCGGUACCUUGUUGCCACGGUUACCCUCCGAGCCCGGGAUGACGCUCCUGACGAUAAGAAUAGACAAAAUUGGUCUGAAAGACGCCGGGCAGUGCAUCGACCCUUACAUGAGUAUUAGUGUUAAAGAUUUGACCGGGGUGGACGUGAACCCGAUGCAGGACACCCCUGUGGCCACCAAGAAGGAAGACAUCUAUAUUCAUUUCAGCAUGGAUGUAGAGAUCCAAAGGCAUCUGGAGAAAUUACCUAAAGGAGCAGCCAUUUUCUUUGAAUUCAAGCACUACAAACCCAAAAAGAGGUUUACCAGCACAAAAUGUUUCGCUUUCUUGGAAAUGGACGAGAUCAAACCCGGACCCAUCGUGAUCGAGCUGUACAAGAAGCCCACAGACUUUAGGAGGAAGAAACUCCAGCUUCUCACAAAGAAACCACUUUAUCUUCAUCUUCACCAAACCUUACACAAGGACAGCUAAGACGGACCAACUCGAUCACAGAAAUACAACACCGCACCCCACCCAAUUAAAAUAACUUCUUCAACGCCUAUAUUAAAGUAAAAGGGAAUUGAACGUUGGUUCACAGUACAGUAGAUCCCCGCUUAUUUGCCGAUUUAUUUCUCUAAUAGUGUUUCAUAAUAGUGUUUCUUUAUGACAAAAUAUAACAGAAAUUAAACAUUAUCAUUAAUAAAUUAAGCUCAAAAUGUAUUUUAUUCUUCCUGGUUGCAUCGUCGCCCCCCCCCCACUUCUCCAAGUUACACAAUAAUGAGCGUUAUAAUUUUGGUAAAAUUCCACCUAAAAGUAUCAUUUCAUUUGGAUGCUUCUUGGUUCAAAACUUUGGCUCAGUUAUAAUAAAAAAAAAAUAGAGAUGAAAUACAGCUUAUAUAAAAUCUAGCGACGAUAAAACCAAAUUAAUUUGAAUUAAUUUCAACUCUUUUUUGUUUUUGUUCCCCAGUUUAUGUAAAAUACACAAAUUAAAUUCACCAAUUUUGCCUGUCCACCAAGUUUCAUACAGUUAGGUCCACAUAAUUUUUUUGUCUUAAUACUGUUUCUUUAUCGCAAAAUAUAACAGAAAUUAAACUAUCAUUAAUAAAUUAACAAACGUUGGUUCACAGUACAGUAGAUCCCCGCCUAUUUGCAGAUUUAUUUCCUCUGCUUUAAACUGUAGAUAAUUUUUAAAAAGUCAUCCCACAGGGGGGCGCAGUCUCGCAUCGAUUUACUCAACAUUUUCCAGCAGGAAGAUGCUCCAACAAGAUGUGUAACUGUACUUUUGCCAGUAAAAUACAGUAGUACUCCUCUUUUAAUGCGUAAACAUUAAUUUAAAAUGUGUUUUAUUAACAAAGAGGCAUGUUAAGGGGUACAUCCGUUAUUCGGUUUUCCACCAACCGUCACAAAUAGAGGGGAUCUACUGUAUAUGUUUUUCUUGCCAAUUAAAAUAACUUCUUCAACGCCUAUAUUAAAGUAAAAGGGAAUUGAACGUUGGUUCACAGUACAGUAGAUCCCCGCCUAUUCGCGGAUAUAUUUCCUUUGCUUUAAACUGUAGAUAAUUUUUAAAAGUCAUCCCACAGGGGGGCGCAGUCUCGCAUCAAUUCACUUAACAUUUUCCAGCAGGAAGACGCUCAAACAAGCUGUGAUGUGUAACUGUACUUUUGCCAGUAAAAUACAGUAGUAAUCCUCAAUUUAAAAUGUGUUUUUUUAACAACGAGGCAUGUUAAGGGGUGCAUCCGUUAUUCGGUUUUCCACCAACCGUCACAAAUAGCGGGGAUCUACUGUAUAUGUUUUUCUUGCAAAUGAGGCGUUUACGUUCCCUCUUAGGCUUGCUGUAAAAAAACAGUGUUAUGGUCAUUUUUACAGGACACGUUUCAUGCUGCAACGCUUAUUUACACUAACCAGUUCAUUGACUGUCUUCCUUGAAGCGUAGCACCAGGUGCUCACCAACAAAUAUCUCUUGUUUGCACUGUUGGACUUUGAAACUGAAAUCUGCAAAACAUUACAAAAGACUGCCAGAAAAGUGGAUUUAUGUGGGAUUAAGCAAAGCAAACGAAAGGCCAGUCGUAGGUGCUAAAAUUAUCAGAUCCAGAUUGGAAUUUAUUAUUCUCGAAGGUAAAAAAGGUAAAAGGUAAAUAAGGUAAAUAAGUAUAACAUCUAAAAGGAAACUUACUUAUCUAAAUUUAACAAAAGUGGCAACAUGAACUCUAUUGAACAUUUAACUUCCUGGUUUCAAGCGCUGGCAACCCACCAAUUCUGACAAAGAUUAAAUACAUUUUAUCAUUAAUAAAUUAAGCUCAAAAUGUAUUUUAUUCUUCCUGGUUGCAUCUCCGCCCCCCCACUUCUCCAAGUUACACAAUGAUGAGCGUUAUAAUUUUGGUAAAAAUUCCACCUAAAAGUAUAAUUUCAUUUGGAUGCUUCUUGGUUCAAAACUUUGGCUCAGCUAUAAUAAAAAAAAAAAAUACAGCUUAUAUAAAAUCUAGCGACGAUAAAACCAAAUUAAUUUGAUUGAUUUCAACUUUUGUUUUUGUUCCCCAGUUUAUGUAAAAUACAAAAAUUUUAUUCACCAAUUUUGCCUGUCCACCAAGUUUCAUAGUUAGGUCCACAUCAUUUUUUGGUCUUAAUAGUGUUUCUUUAUGACAAGAUAUAACAGAAAUUAAACAUUAUCAUUAAUAAAUUUAGCUCAAAAUGUAUUUUAUUCUUCCUGGUUGCAUCUCCGCCCCCCCACUUCUCCAAGUUACACAAUGAUGAGCGUUAUAAUUUUGGUAAAAUUCCACCUGAAAGUAUCAUUUCAUUUGGAUGCUUCUUGGUUCAAAACUUUGGCUCAGCUAUAAUUAAAAAAAUUACAGAUGAAAUACAGCUUAUAUAAAAUCUAGCGACGAUAAAACCAAAUUAAUUUGAUUGAUUUCAACCCUACUUUGUUUUUGUUCCCCAGUUUAUCUAAAAUACACAAAUUAAAUUCACCAAUUUUGCCUGUCCAAGUUUCAUACAGUUAGGUCCACAUCAUUUUUUGGUCUUAAUAGUGUUUCUUUAUGACAAAAUAUAACAGAAAUUAAACAUUAUCAUUAAUAAAUUUAGCUCAAAAUGUAUUUUAUUCUUCCUGGUUGCAUCUCCGCCCCCCACUUCUCCAAGUUACACAAUAAUGAGCGUUAUAAUUUUGGUAAAAGUCCACCUAAAAGUAUCAUUUCAUUUGGAUGCUUCUUGGUUCAAAACUUUGGCUCAGCUAUAAUAAAAAAAAAAUUGACAUGAAAUACAGCUUAUAUAAAAUCUAGCGACGAUAAAACCAAAUUAAUUUGAUUGAUUUCAACUCUUUUUUUGUUUUCCCCCCCCAGUUUAUCUAAAAUACACAAAUUAAAUUCACCAAUUUUGCCUGUCCACCAAGUUUCAUACAGUUAGGUCCACAUAUUUUUUUGGUGACAAAUUUUUUUUAUGACAAAAUAUAACAGAAAUUAAACAUUUAGUUACACCCUACCAGAAGGUAAUGAUUUUUGGAUUCCAGCAGCGCCACUUAAAUCGGUUCAGUCAUUAAUUACAUCUUUAUAUUACCUUUAUUUUCUACUUGUCAGGUGGCAUUUGUACUGAUAACCUAAUAUCAUUGUUACGCAUAAAUUAAUUUCUCACAAAAUACAACAAUGAGUCAACGAAAUGCAAUGUUUGCAUGUCUUAUAUCUUUAACCCAGAUAUUGAACAGCUUUCCCCAGUAUUGAUUUUUUUUUUUUUAUUCAAAAGGAAUGUAUGUCUGAAUUAUACGGUCUUGUGUGUAAUUAAGUGUUCAUUUUUAUUGCAAUACUUGAUUUUAGAUUUUAUUUUUGUAAUGUUACAAUGUCCAGGACUGUAAAUGACUUGUAAGAUACGCUAACAGAUGAAGAUGCAGUAACUGAAUGUGUGACGUGUGAUGGUAUGCGUGGACUGACAGGGGGAAUUUUCUCAAACAUUCAUUUCUAAUAAACAGAAAAGGCAUUUGAGUUCA